AUAGAGUGUGUCAGUGGACGGAGAGAGUGAGAGAGACGAAGGCAGCUCCCUUACGCCUUAUCUCAGCACUAAACAUAUACAUUCCUCAUCAUGGCGGCCACGGAUGUAGAUAUAUUUUCUAAUGAAGAAAAGCGUAACCUCAGCCUUGGCGGUCAUGUUGGCUUUGACAGUCUACCUGAUCAGCUGGUCAGUAAAUCGGUGACUCAGGGUUUCUGCUUCAACAUCCUCUGCGUGGGGGAGACGGGCAUUGGCAAGUCUACGUUAAUGAACACACUUUUUAACACAAUGUUUGAAAAUGAGGAGGCCAGCCAUUACCAAAACGGCGUCUACCUCCGACCAAGAACGUACGACUUGCAAGAGAGCAACGUCCACCUCAAGCUGACUAUUGUUGACACGGUGGGUUUCGGGGACCAGAUCAACAAAGAGGAAAGCUAUAAACCCAUCGUGGACUACAUCGACACACAAUUUGAAAACUACCUACAGGAAGAACUGAAAAUCAAGCGCUCUCUCUUCAACUACCAUGACACCAGAAUCCACAUCUGCCUCUAUUUCAUUGCUCCCACGGGACACUCGCUCAAGUCCCUGGAUUUAGUCACGAUGAAAAAGUUGGACAGCAAGGUGAACAUUAUCCCUAUUAUCGCUAAAGCAGACACAAUUUCCAAGAGCGAGCUACACAAGUUCAAGAUCAAAAUCAUGAGUGAGCUGGUUAGCAAUGGUGUUCAGAUCUACCAGUUUCCCACAGAUGAUGAAGCCGUCACAGAGAUCAACUCCUCUAUGAACGCUCAUCUUCCAUUUGCUGUGGUGGGCAGUGUUGAAGAGGUGAAGGUGGGAAAUAAGACAGUGAGGGCCAGGCAGUACCCAUGGGGAGUAGUUCAAGUGGAGAACGAGAGUCACUGUGACUUCGUAAAGCUGCGGGAGAUGUUGAUCAGAGUGAACAUGGAGGAUCUGAGAGAGCAGACUCAUGCCAGACACUAUGAACUCUACAGACGCUGUAAGCUAGAGGAGAUGGGCUUCAAAGACACCGACCCAGACAGCCAGCCUUUCAGUCUUCAGGAAACAUAUGAAGCCAAGAGGAAAGAAUUUCUUGGAGACCUGCAGCGGAAGGAAGAGGAAAUGAGGCAGAUGUUUGUGAACAAAGUGAAAGAGACGGAGGCUGAGCUGAAGGAGAAGGAGAGAGAGUUACACGACAAGUUUGAGCAGCUGAAGCGCAUGCACCAGGAGGAGAAGAGGAAGGUGGAGGAAAAGAGACGAGAGCUGGAGGAGGAGAUGAACGCCUUCAAUAGGAGAAAGGUGGCGGCCGAGACCCUCUCCCUCUCACAGCCCCAGAAGAAGGACAAGGACAAGAAAAAUUAAUUUAUGAGCACAUCACAGGCUGACCACGGACUUGUCCUCCAACAUCAGCAUUUGUUUUUGACGUUGUGUUAAAGGACCAAAGAUCCUGAUGGGAAGCCAGAGAAGUGUAUUAUGGGGACUGAAUUGCUUCUUGUAUUGCCACAGUUUUCUUUGUAUUUGCUGUGUUAGGAUCAUUCAGGUUAUUUUUAAUAUGUUCUCCCCUUUAACCCAUUUUAUGUUUUGGACCUAUUUGUUUAUUCCCUUUUUUCUUUUUUUUUUACCAAACUAAGAGACAUUCACUUUGUGGUCACUGUUGUUUUUGGUACUAACCAUUUGUUUAUUGUCUUAAUAAUAUUCAGACCAAUAUUGUGCCAUUUACAUUAGAUGAUGUUUCCCUUGCCAUAAUGUAUAGUAAUAUUUAAGAUCUGAGCCAGACUCAAUAGCACAGCACAGCAAUAAUAGUAAUGUACCCAUGUGUAUAAUUUUUAAAAUGUAAGCGUGCAUGGGUAUGGCUAAAUAAACCAGUCCUUGCUGUUUUAAAAGUAAUCCAGGACCUAUAUGUGACUAUUUGAGUAGCUUUGUUGACUUUAUUGUAAUGACAACAGAUAUGCUAAUUAUAUUUUUUGUAUUACUUGUAGAGCACACAAGGCUGUACAGUGUUCAAUCAGAUUAUAUUGUUUAUCAUUUAAGCCGUAAUAUAGAAGCUGAUACAUCUGAGGCCAUCUGAUCUAAAGUAACUUCUUGCACAUCUUUAUUUGCAUAAGGGGCAUUGACUGCAAUUUGAUUAAGUUGUAAGUUGUAUUAACCGAUACUGAAAAUAAACCCCCCCUAUUUUUCAUUA